AGCAGCAUUGGUGGCGGCUGGCCAGCCUUAAUUUGACCUCGGCCUUUAUUCCUUUGAAUUACUCCACCGUGUGAUUGCUUGCAGCACCGCCAAUUAUUAUCAUGAAACGCUACAUCUCUAGAAUUACCAACUGGCCUUCGCCUUCCGCCUCUCGUGGCUUCAAUUUCACCUGGGUGGAUAAGAGGUAUAGGAAUUUUGGUUCAAAGACGGCGGAGGAUCUGAUUAAUGGAGAAGAAGUCAAUGAUAAAGAGAAAGGGAAUCAAGUUUCCGAUAUGUUGAUUGAUAGCUUCGGAAGGAAGCACACUUACUUGAGAAUCUCCUUGACGGAGCGUUGCAACCUCCGGUGUCAGUACUGUAUGCCGGCGGAAGGGGUGGAGCUAACGCCGUCUCCGCAAUUACUCACCCACCGCGAGAUCAUUCGUUUGGCCAAUCUUUUUGUCGCUUCCGGUGUCGAGAAGAUUCGGCUCACCGGCGGUGAGCCGACCGUCCGGAAGGAUAUUCGGGAUAUUUGCUUGGAUUUGUCGAGCUUGAAAGGGCUUAAGACUUUGGCAAUCACCACUAAUGGAAUUACUCUUGCUAGGAAGCUUCCAUUGUUGAAACAAUGUGGGGUUACCAAUCUGAAUAUCAGCUUAGACACACUCGUUCCUUCGAAAUUCGAGUUUAUGACUCGGCGUAAAGGACAUCACAAGGUUAUUGAAUCCGUUAAUUCGGCCAUCGAUCUUGGUUACAACCCUGUGAAAGUCAAUUGUGUCGUCAUGCGUGGAUUUAACGAUGAUGAGAUGUGCGAUUUUGUCGAACUCACUCGUGAGAAACCGAUUAACGUUCGAUUCAUCGAGUUCAUGCCUUUCGAUGGAAAUGUAUGGAAUGUCAAGAAACUCGUGCCGUAUGUAGAGAUGUUGGAUACUGUGAUGAUAAAGUUUCCGGCCCUCAAGAGGUUGCAUGAUCAUCCAACUGAGACUGCGAAGAAUUUCCGGAUUGAUGGCCACGCUGGCACUGUAUCUUUCGUGACAUCGAUGACUGAGCAUUUUUGUGCCGGUUGUAAUAGAUUGAGACUUUUAGCUGAUGGCAACUUAAAAGUAUGCCUCUUUGGUCCUUCAGAGGUUAGCUUAAGAGAUCCUCUUCGAUCCGGUGCUGGUGACAACGAACUUAGAGAAAUAAUCAGAGCAGCGGUUAAGAGGAAGAAAGCUGCACAUGCUGGGAUGUUUGACAUUGCAAAGACAGCGAAUAGACCGAUGAUACACAUUGGUGGCUAAGGCAUGAAUGUAAAGAACAUCCUACAGAACCGAAAACGGAGAUGAAUCUGGUAAUUUUCACAUACUGUUCUUCUUGCUUGACAGUAUACAUCUGGUAAAAGCAUGAAGUAGUUGAAUUCCCGACGAAGUAGUUGAAUUCCCGAUGAAAAACGGAAAGUUUUGUUGUAACUUACUUGUAUUUAUAAUAAGGUCGACCCGAUUUAGCAUUCGAGAUCGACACAGCUUUUGACCUCAGAAGCUGUAUUUUUAUCGCAGUCUCGAUGCUAGAUGGGUAUGUGAUGCAUUACAGCUGAAGCUCAAACUAUUUGUUGUUGACUACCUGAUUUGGUUUCGAUACUCGACUUCGACACGAUUAUUAUAGA